CUUUUCAUUUUGCUAGCAGCGGUUUAUGUUGUUAAAUUGUUAAUUAUUUAUUAUGUUUGAUGUCGUAUGUGCUUAAAUAAUUAUUUAAAGCUUUUGUUUACAUAAAGUGUGUUAAUAUUAAGGUUGGAGCAGUUUGGUACUGCCCAGGCGCAGUUAAGGGACGGCCGAGCGCAAAGCCUGGACCUGCUCCGCAUGCUAACCGACAAACCAUGGAUCGGACUAGGACCUCACAACCGCUGGGACAGGGCACCUCGUAUUGACAUGGAUUUAGGAUACACGGGCUUAGGACCACACCUACCUCCGGUACAGGUGGCUGAGGAUAGGAAUUAUCUUGAUGAUGAGAUCAGGGGCGCGUCAGAAAAGCGAUCCGCCGUGGCGACAGCACUGAACUCGGGUCGCCGGAGACGGCAGCCGACUCCGGCGCUUGGUAAGGCAGUCACGCCGUAUGUCGGCGUCGGCGUGCUAAACGACAUGGGCUCCUUCUUCGACUCGCUGCGUGACAACCUGGAGACGCUGGUGUCUCUCUCGCCACAGGAACGCUCCACACUCUUCCAGGACCCACCGUCUGUUGUACCCGCACCGGCUUCCAACACCGGCGGCGGCGGCAGUGGCAUUAGGAAGCUGUACGCACUGCGCCCCCUCAGACCUACAGGCAACAUCAGGCGGACGGUGGCUACCCGGGUGCCAACCACCACGACCCGGGCCUGCUGUGGACCGGACUCGGCCGGUAGACGACACACACCCGACCCAUACACACCCACACACUCAUACACCGACACGUACACAUACAGUGACCAGCGUAACAAAAUGAGCCAUGUAGUACAGGCACGGAAACCGCCGCAUGUUUCGCAUAUGAAACCAAAUUAUUUAGACGUAAGUGGUGUAUCGCUACCGGAGAUUAUUCUAGCGCUCCAAGAGUAUUGCUAUCUGUGAAACUUAUACUAAGUACGGUAUCUAGUCGACCUCUGAUCUAGUCAAUCGAAACUUCGGACUAACUUGACAAUCCUAAGAUUAAUAACUUUAUAAUUUGACUUUUCAUUCAGUUCUUUUAAUCGACUCCAUAGAUUUUCUACGGCAGUAAUUUUUAUUUUCAAAAUUAUCUUGGGAUUUUCAAGCUAAACAAUUUCCCAUAGAAUAUUUCUCCAAAAUCCCUGUUCCAAGUAGAUGUAAGCAUUUUGCCCGUAAAUGUAUUAUUAAAGUACUUAAAGAUUAUCAUUACCAAAUUAAAAUACAUUUAGAAAUAAAAUAUUACAUUUGAUUGUAUUCUAUAUUUCCAUUGUAACAUAAUAUUUU